AUGCAUCCUACAUUAGCUGUAUUUGCUGUAUUUGCCGUUGCCGAAUGCGCUAUUUUCAGGUGAUUUCCGUUUUCUUUUCUCCGUUCUUUGAAAAUUUUCAAGGCAGAUAUUGUUAAGACUAGUUUUUAAGCAAUUUUUAGGCUUAAACUUGAAAUUUCAAUGCUUAAUUCACCGCUCGAACGUUUCGAAAUUGGAAAAAAUGGAUAUAUUUUCAAGGAAAAAAAACCUGCUUUGAUUUUUUUCACUUUUCUUGGCAAGCGAUGAACUUUUUUUAUUUACGAGAAAAUGAGAAAAAAAAAUUGACAAAAUCGCUCAAAAAUAUGGAAUCGUGUACGCUAUAAUGACCACUGCGAAAAAAACUUUCAAGAAACAAAUUUAAAAAAACUUUUUUUCUUGAAAAAUUGUUAAUUAAACGUACAUGUUUUAACGAAAAAAAUUCCAAUUUUGGACAUUUCCACUACCUAGGAAAUUUUUUUAAUUUACGUGCAUUUCGAGAAAAAUUUUCUGGAAAUUCAAACUUUUGAAUGAUGAUUUUUUUAGUUGGCGUAUUUAUUUUUUUACAAACUAUUAUCAUUAACGAAACAGAUUUUAACAAUGAUUUCGAUCGAUAAAUUCGAAAAAAAUCCCCAAAAAAAUGUGAGAAAAUGUGAAGAAAAUGUGCAAAAAAAGCCUUUUUUUAUCAGCUUUAAUUAAAAAAAUCAAAAAAAUAAAAAAAUUUCCUAGCCGGUGAAAAAAACUAAAUAAAUUACAGUAAAAAUUCGAGUGAAAAGGAACGAUUUCACCAAUAAUUAUGGCUAUGGACCCCACGGAAUUGGUCCGACCAACGGCGGUUUCGACAGUUUCGGGUUUUACAGGUACACUUUGUAGAACAUUUUAACUCGGAAAUUUUCUGAAAAUUGGCCAGAAUACCCUUUGGUGACCCAGAUGAAGGUCCUGAAAUUUGCGAAAAUUUCUACUUUUUAAGAAAGGUCUCCUCAAAGUCUUUGAACCCUUAUUUCUUGAAAACUAGGAAGUUGUGCAACUUAAGACAUUCAGGAUCUUCAUCGGGUACAUCCAGAAGUAUUCUGACCGGAUUUGAAGAAUUUUUCAACCUAAACUUAAAGGCAUAGGGGCAGUAAAAAACGGUGUUUUAGUUCAAAGCAGUACUUUGUAGAGUUUUUAUUGCGAAUCGAACGGUGAACUUGGAAACGUACCAAACCUCCUAGUUUUGGAGAAAAAGUAAUUCAAAGUCGGAAAGAGGAAAGUUUGAGUUCCCGCAAAAAGAGCACUUUGCAGUAAAGUUGCUCUAUGGACAACAGGCUUCGUCAUCUUCCGGAUUUUCGCUUUUUUCUUCGUUUCUUUCAAUUUUCAAUUUUUUCUGUUGUCACCAAAGUUCUUUUCGUCACAAAAGCUUUCUAUUCAUGAAUAAUUUGCAAACUUUGAUCGCAAAAAUGCUUUUCUGGUGAAAAAUGAUGAUUUCACACAGGUUUCGAUUGGGAUAGAAUUAUUUUGUAUUUUCUUUAUUAUUGGUGUGUGUUUUUUGUUUGACUAAAUGUUUUUUCAGAGAAGAAACCCUUAAUUUGAAGCAGAUACCCGGUUAUUUCUGACAAAAUGCGAGUCUAAUGAGACGUCCGCAACAUCGCGUGCACAGCUACUGUAAACAUUUGUCUGCAUACCGAUCCAAAGCUUUUUUCGAUGGUACGAUUUUAUCUCAAGUCCGCAAAUCUCCGGAGGCGUUAUCUCAGAGCACCGUAAUCUCAAGGCCCAUAAUCUCCGAAACCACUUAUCUCCGAAAACAAAAAACUUCAAUUUUCUUUCUCUGAUUUGCAUUUUAUUUUUAUUUUUUUCUUGCGUUGUGCUCAGAAUACCAUCUCCGAUCGAAAUUGCGUACGAAAGCCAAAUAUUUUAGUUUUUCAAACUUUUUUAUUUUUUCCACUGAGUGAAAAUAGUUUUCCAUUUUUCAAAUCGACAUUUCUUUCUAUUUUUUCUUGUCCUUCAGUAUCUCUGAUUAUUUUUUCAUGUUGACAGCAAAGAAAAAAAGAGUGAAACUCGAACUACCAAUUAACUCAACUUGAAAUUGUUCAGCUUCUCAUUAAAAGUAGAAACUUUAUGAAUAAAUUAGGGUUCGGCGAAAAAUUUCGAUCGGAUAUUGUAUUCUGAGCACAACACAAGAAAAAAGUGAAAAUAAAAUGCGAAAAAGGGAAAGAGAAAGAAAAUAGAAGUUUUUUGUUUUCGGAGAUAAGUGGUUUCGGAGAUUAUGGGCCUUGAGAUUACGGUACUCUGAGAUAACGGCUCCGGAGAUUUGCGGACUUGAGAUAAAAUCGUACCAUCCUUUUUUCAAAAAUAAAGACGGGAAAGUAAAAUCGCGUUUUUCUUCUAAAGUGGUCACAUAUUUAAUUUUUUUGAGUACACCAUUCGAUUCGCAAAGAAAAACUAUACAAGAUACUGCUUUUACCUGAAACCCCAUUUUUUACUGCCCCAAUGCCUUUAAACUAAUUAACUUCCUUGACCAGUUAAAUUCAGAAUUUUUUUAUUUAAAAUUAUUUUCAGAGACAAGUUCUACAACAGCGGCCUGCCUCCACUGUACACCCACGCUGCUUACCGAAAUUAUUAUCACGAAAUUUCGUUCCAUAAGAACAAAUUUGGCCUUCCGGCACCUACUGAUUUCGAAGUUUUGCAACAGGAACGAUACGGUUCGUUUUAUUUUUCCAAUUUUACGAAGUUUUUCAAAGUUUUAAUAACGUAAUUGUUUCAAAUUCAAGGGAAAGACCAUGAAAAUUAGCUCUUUUCCUCAAUUUUUCACAAAAAAGGGUUCGAAUUUUCAACUUUUUUGAAAUUAGAAGAGGUUUUUUUGCUUCGAAUUCCAGUAGAAAAUCAGGAAAAUUUGCGUUUUUCUCCAUUUUUUUCUUUUCUGAGCUUAUUUUGGAAAAAAAUUUUUCUUUCAAGUUUCAGAUCACAAACGAUUCAGAUAACCUGUGUAUUCUUAAAUUUCUUUCCCCCACAUCUCAAAAUUUUCUUUCCUUUCAAAACAAUGGAACAACGUAGGUAUUCCGCCCACCAAGACCAUUGUCUCAAAAAUGGAACAAAGGAGUUUUGCCAAGAAAAAGAGGCUCACAGAGGUCAAAAAGUCAAAAAGCCAAAUUUCCGUGUGAAGCUUGGACUUUUCAGAAAAUCCUAAUUUUUGAGUUUAUGAAUCAAAAAUUAGUCAGGAUUGACUGAAAAAAAGAAUGAAAAAAUUUAAGAAUUUUUUUAACUGCCAAUCUUUUUGAUUUAUUCACUCAAAUAGUGACUUUUUUCGAUGUAAAAUUAAAAAACUCUCUAUUUUCUAUCAAAUUCUACUUUUAAACUUGUUCCGAAUCAAAAAUUAAAAAUUUCAGGACCAUAUUACGACGGCGUUUGGGGCUACGCCGAUCAUUCUCCCAAUUGGUUCGGAAAGCGCUGA